GGGGGGGGAGCGCCAGAGUUGAGCACCGUGGCUUCUUCAUUCAGUCAUUUGUUGACCGCUGGACAGCACCCACCCCUCCAGACACCGCGCAAAGGGAUGUGGGGAUCCCGGAAAACAGGGCUCUUUGACUUUCUCUCUCUGCCGCUGGUCGUGGCGGUGAUGUGCUGCGCUCAGAGCGUCAACGAGCCGGGGAACAUGUCUUUUGUCAAAGAGACCGUGGAUAAACUGUUGAAAGGAUAUGACAUUCGUCUCCGACCAGACUUUGGAGGUCGACCGGUUGCUGUUGGCAUGAGUAUAGACGUGGCCAGUAUAGACAUGGUGUCAGAAGUCAACAUGGACUACACGCUGACUAUGUACUUCCAGCAGUAUUGGAGAGAUAAGAGGCUGGCCUACGCAGGGAUCCCUCUCAACCUGACGCUGGACAACAGAGUAGCAGACCAGCUCUGGGUCCCUGACACCUACUUCCUCAAUGACAAGAAGUCCUUUGUGCACGGUGUCACCGUGAAGAACCGUAUGAUCCGACUCCACCCGGACGGCACUGUUCUCUACGGCCUCAGAAUCACGACGACGGCGGCCUGCAUGAUGGAUCUGAGGAGAUACCCGCUGGACGAGCAGAACUGCACUCUGGAAAUUGAGAGUUAUGGUUACACAACAGAUGAUAUAGAGUUCUACUGGAAAGGAGGAGACACUGCAGUGACCGGGGUGACGCGCAUCGAGCUCCCUCAGUUCUCCAUAGUCGACUACAAACUGGUCUCCAGGAAUGUGGUCUUUUCCACAGGUGCCUAUCCUCGACUGUCUCUGAGCUUCAAGCUGAAGCGAAACAUUGGAUACUUCAUCCUGCAGACGUACAUGCCCUCCAUCCUCAUCACCAUCCUAUCUUGGGUGUCAUUCUGGAUAAAUUAUGAUGCCUCGGCUGCCAGAGUUGCAUUAGGGAUCACCACUGUCCUGACCAUGACAACCAUUAACACCCAUUUGAGAGAGACUCUGCCCAAGAUCCCUUACGUCAAAGCUAUCGACAUGUACCUGAUGGGCUGCUUCGUGUUCGUCUUCCUGGCUCUGCUGGAAUACGCCUUCGUCAACUACAUCUUCUUCGGAAGAGGUCCUCAGAUGCAGAAGAAGCUGGCGGAGAAGGCACAGAAGGCGAAUAAUGAGCGGAAUAAAUUUGACAGGCCAAAGUCCUUUCUGGAAGGAGGCAAUUGCAAGUCUUCGUCCGUUAAACAGUCCAAUCAGGUACAAGAGCGUCGUCACUCACGACGGGUCGACUCCCAGGGGAACAUUUUGCUGACAACCUUGGAGAUCCACAACGAGGUGGGAGGGAACGAGAUCACAACCACCGUGAGCGAGACUCCCAACUCUUCCUCCAUGGUGUUCGACAACUCGGGGGUCCAGUACAGGAAGCCGAGCGCGCCGCGGGAGCCGGGUCGCCUCAGCCUGGACAGGAACGCACAUCUAAAGAAGACCCGCCUGAGGAGACGGUCCUCGCAGCUCAAAAUCAAAAUCCCAGACCUCACCGAUGUGAACGCCAUCGACAGAUGGUCACGGAUAAUAUUCCCCUCCGCCUUCUCCCUCUUCAACUUAAUCUACUGGCUUUAUUAUAUCAACUAAUGCACUGGUGUUUGUUUAAACCCGUCUCUGUCUCAUUCUUGUUUCUGAAUGAGAGAAGACGAGACGGAACAACCAUAAUGAACCAUUUUUUUAUGGUAGCGAGUGAUGAGAGAACUGUCAGUCACACAGCGUGCAUCUGUACAUGCACCGAGAUUCACCUGCAGAACACGUGUUUUACACAGACUCUGAAGACAUUGUACAGAAGCUCCUGUGUCAGAGCGCGGACGAAACCAUUAUUUACACUGCUUCAGGGCCGUCAUUACAACUGUACCUAUAAUUUCAGUAUAAAAUGUGGUGUUGCUAACGGCAACACAACUGACAAAUGUUCCUAGUAUUAUUAUGUUCCAUUUCCCCCUGAGGACAAAUGUGACUCACACGUCGACACAAAGGCCAAACUCACUUUAAGAUCUGGAAACGAUUUGCACUGAAACCACGAUCGGAGGAAUAGUUCAAAAGUUCGGGAAAACACGCUUUUUUUGCCCAGAGCGAGACGAGACGAUAAUGUUUAAUGUUUGUACAACAGAUAUGAAUAUAUACCCAGCAGGCAGUUAGCCUAGCUUAGCAUAGAGGCAGGAAGCAGGUGGAAACAACAGAGAAGCGUUUUUCCAAAAAAAAAAAAAAAAAAAAUGCCCGAACUAUUCCUUUAAUUUGCCUUGGAGCUGAUGCCACCAACUGCUCACUUACUGCUGUGACCUUGCUCCUGUGACGAACAGCGGCUGAAACUCUCAGGACGUCAGACGUGACUGAUUUCAAACCCAGUUUUGAUGAACAAGAGAGGCUGAUGGAAUCCAUACCAGCAUUUUGUAAAAUCAUCGCUCUGUCCUUCACUGCCGCUAUUUAAAGGAAUCAUUUUGACAUUUUGGGAAAUAUGCUAAUUCACUGCAUUGAAAAUUGACACCACUCUCAGCCAGGUGUGUGUGUGUGUGUGUGUGUGUGUGUGUGUGUGUGUGUGUGUGUUUUUUAAUUAGUGAGCUUUAGGGGAUCUGGUCGCUGGAUUUUGUUACUUUUGUACCGGCUAGCUGUUUCCCCCUGUUUUCAGUCUUUAUGCUAAGCUAGGCUAACUGGCCACUGGCUAUAACUUCAUAUUUAAUGAACAGGCAUGAUGUAUGGUGUCAAUCUUCUCAUCUAACUCUCAGUGAAUGAGUGUAUUUCCCAACAUAUCAAAUCAUUUCUUCCACAUUUACAAUUAUCCGGUUGCUAUUGCUUUUCAGUAUUCAAUAAGAAAUGUCAUUUACUGAGAAACAACCGGACGACUCACUGUACGUGUCACAUGACAGAGAAACAGGAUCCCAGGCUUUUGUAGUAAACAUGUACAAUAUCGGAUCAGUUUACACUAUUCAUUUUAUUUAUUUAUUUAUUUAUUUUGGUCAUUGUGUUUUCAGGACUGCUGUCACGAUAUAUUAUUAUAUAUAUUGAUUUAUUCAAUACAAAAUAAUUCACAUGGCGACUUCCUUCCUCCGUUCAGACACACUGAUGCACAUCUCACGUCAGACGUUCUUGAUCCUCCCUGAAAUUUGAUGUACAUACUGUAACUGCACUUUUUCUUUCAGCUCACGUUAAUUACAUGGCUGUGUUGUCAACAAUGUUUUUGCUCAGUGAUUUCCGGCCUUGCUGUUUUGUUUUGUUAAGUCUUUACACAACAUUAUAAUUUCCUAUUUGUGUUGUAAAUAUAAAACACAGUAUCACAGCUUGUGAUCAUUUCCAUUCUUUCCUAAAGGAGAAAGUAGAGUAAGUGAAGACGGAUAUAUACACACAGUACUAUCUCCAAAACGACGGCUGUUGGCGUACAGAGCUCGCACCGCACCAUCUGCACCGCUUGGUUGAGCGACUUGCGGCGCGUAGGAGUGACAUCACCUGCCAGGGGUCGGCCGCCUGACAGAGGCCCAACAUCCCGUAGCAAAGCAAGAACGCAUCACUAAUGUACCAGCGCUCAGCAACACUUUCCUAACGAGCGUGCAGGCCUGAAAUAUUAACUACACUUGAAUUUACAUCAUGUUCCUUUUUAAAAUUUGUUGGUCGGUUUGUUGCCAAGAACACGAGCACUUCAACUGUCUUUAUCUGGCUUUACUGCACCGACUCAACAAUUCUAACUUCUCCUAUGAAGUAACUGUAACUGGCUCAUAACACGGUAGCAGAGUUGUAAUAAGGCAAUGUUUACAUAUGUACACAUACUGUGUGUUCUUACUUCAUAUCUACAUAUAUUUCAUCUAUGGAAAUUGACUAUAUGUACAUAUUUCACAUUUGCAUAUGGGAUAAAGUUUUACUGGUUUAGGGUGAAAUAAAAUGCACAGAACCAAAACAGUCUCAUAAUAAUGAAUAAUGCUGAAUAAGGUAUUAACCUGCUCAGUGACCAGAAGGAAUGAACGACCUCAGCUGAUUCUCGCAGGUCUGCUCAGAAAACCUCUGAUGAAAACGACUAAGGGUCCCUGUUUGAGGGUUUGACAUUAGGUACAGCUGAGGCUGAUGGGAAUGGCGCCACUAAAGUCAUUAAGUUUCAUCAUCUGGGCACCGUGAAUGUCUGAUGUUUGACUGUUUGACUUAAAAUUACAAAUCGAAACCAAACAGUGUCUCCAGAGGAAAAGUCGGUAGGUUUUAUCCACUUGGGACCAUGAAUGUUUGUAUAAAACUUAACGGUAACAUAUCAAAUACAGUUCGUUCACGUAUCGUGUAUUUACAGAGGAGGUCUGUGUUUUUUUGCAGAUUGAAACGACGGUAACUAUAAUAAAGACAUGAUGCCUGUUUUA